UGUGUGUGUGAACUGAGAUUGUGUAAUCUUUGUGUAUUGUUUUUUUUUUUUUCACCGAGUUAGAAAAUGUAGCUCUGUCUCUACAGAGACAGUUGCACUGCUAACACACACUGUCCUCAAGCAGGAGAGGAGGCAUGAUUUCUAAUUCCAGAUGGUCUCUAUUGCCAGGCUGUCUUCAUUGACACUGCCAACUUGUUUUGCAUUUUCUUUUAGUCACUGUGCUUUGGUAGUCAGUUAUAGGAUACUGUAGUGUACUGUUGUUUUAGGGCCAGAUAGCACUGAAUUUUCCUUUAUAUUGUGUUUUUGUGUGUUCCAGUGGGUGAUGUACUGUAGUGUUACAGUAUCCAACAGAAGUGAGUACAUCCCUGUGCAGAAUCACUUAAUUGUAAAAUGAUUCAAAACUGUAUCGCCUCUCAAUGAUUGCAUUAUUUCUAAGUUGAAAAGUAAAGUGUUUCUGCUUACGAACAACUCAAUGAUCAAAAACAAACACUUUAGAAAAAACUAUAUUGAAAAUACAGGAACCAAAAUAGAAAUGCACUGCAACAAAAGUGAAUACGCCUGUGAUCACUGACACACAAGUUAGAAAACCUGUGAUCAUUAAAACAAAAAUUGAGCACACCUGUGAUUUCCAAUUAGCCUAAUUUCAUGAACAUGGUUAUAAAAUGACCUGUCAUUAAUUUUAUCUGAGAUCAGUGGUGCUUCUGACGAGUAUGUGUAGAUGUUAGAGUUAACUUGUGUUGCUAUAUUUCUAUAUAAAGCUACAGUGCAUCCGGAAAGUAUUCACAGUGCUUCACUUUUUCCACAUUUUGUUAUGUUACAGCCUUAAUCCAAAAUGGAUUAAAUUCAUUAUUUUCCUCAAAAUUCUACAAACAAUACCCCUUAAUGACAACAUGAAAGAGGUUUGUUUGAAAUCUUUGCAAAUUUAUUAAAAAUAAAAAACAAAAAAAGCAUAUUUACAUAAGUAUUCACAGCCUUUGCCAUGACACUCAAAAUUGAGCUCAGGUGCAUCCUGUUUCCACUGAUCAUCCUUGAGAUGUUUCUACAAUGUGAUUGGAGUCCACCUGUGGUAAAUUCAGUUGAUUGGACAUAAUUUGGAAAGGCACACCACUGUCUGUAUAAGGUCCCUGAAAUUUACCUGUCUUUCUCCCUCUUGCUCAUACACUUCCUUUGAAUUUCAUGCUGUUACAGUCACUGACCCUGCCAAAAUGCACUUUCUUGUUGUUUACCGUCCUCGAGGUCAACUGGGGAAGUUCAUCGAUGAAUUUGACACGCCACUGUCCACCAUCCCAGAUGAUGGAACUCCUCUUCUGGUCCUUGGUGAUUUCAACAUUCAUCUAGACAAGCCACAUGCAGCUGACUUUCUUGCUCUCCUUCCCACAUUCGACCUCAAGCAGUUCACCACACCAGUAACCCACAAAGCCGGCAAACAGCUUGACCUCAUCCUCACACGUAAUUGCACCACACAUAAUCUUCUCAUUACUCCUCUCCACAUCUCCGACCAUUUCUUUAUCCAGUUCUCUACUUCUCUCCCCUCACCACCAUCACUGUCUCCUCCCUCUAUCUCUUUUCAUCGCAAUCUUCGCUCCCUUUCCCCCUCACAUUUCUCCUCCGUUGUCACAACCUUACUUCCCUCCGACAGCCACCUUUCCUCACUUGACUUAAACACCGCAACCGACAUGCUAUGUUCCACCCUAACAUCUUCUCUUGACAACAUAUGCCCCCUAAAAUCCCGACCUGCUCGCACAUCACCCUCUAGUCCUUGGCUCUCAGAAGCUCUGCGUAACAACUGGGCCAAACUAAGAGCAUCUGAAAGGAAAUGGCGCAAAUCAAACAACCCAACUGACCUAACCAAUUACCAGACACUUCUCUCUUCUUUUUCCAAUAGCAUCUCCAUUGCUAAAGCCACAUUCUAUCAAGAGAAGAUUGGCAGCUCUCCCAACAUCCGCAUUCUUUUCAAAACCUUUUCCUCUCUACUCUGUCCCCCACCUCCCCCUUCCCCUACUUCUCUCACUGCAGAUGACUUUGCCACUUUCUUUACCAACAAGAUUACAUCAAUCAGGAACCAGUUCUCAACCCCAGACAUGCAUAGACCGACUCCUCCUCCGUGUAACUCCCAACUGACUUCCUUCUUUCCCCUCUCAGAGACUGAUCUCUAAACUCCUCCUCUCUAGCCAUCCCACAACCUGUCCUCUUGACCCUAUCCCUUCUCACGUUCUUCAG